CUUUUUCCCUCUCUGCACGUUCCGUCAAUUUCAUCUCCCCUUCCACCCCUUUCGUUAAUUUAAUAAGUUAUUAUUGGAUAUUAACGACAAUCGAAGCGCUCCUUCAAUUUAUCCAAUAACCUUUUUUCCCCGGGCCUCGGUGUUCGACGACCAGAGUGAGAGAGAAAGGAGGAGAGAGCUGUGGGAGUGGAUUUAAAGUUUGGCUACGAUACAUUAUCACGGACCGGCAACCAUGUUGAGGAGGUUAUUUGCUGGGGCUGCUAUAGCAGUGUUUGCGUGGUGGGAGGUAACGGCCUUGCCUAGUCCUCAGGAUCCCGGUUCGAGUAGUGAUGGAGGAAAUUCGACGGACCAUAUUGUCGCUGUGGGAAAGGCAGAUCAUCAAUUUAGUCCAGAUAUCAUUAUUGCGAGGCCGGGGGAUACAAUUACGUUCCAGUUUUACCCUUUGAACCACUCGGUGGCUAGAAUGGACCCCGAGUAUCCGUGUAAGCCAUGGGAGAAAAUUCAUAGAGAUGGCACUCCGAUAUGGUCUGGUUUCCACGCCAUGGACACUUUCUUGGAUCCGCCCCCAUCCUAUACUAUCAAAAUCAAUGAUACAAAGCCCCUUUGGUUCUACUGUUCUGCCGAAGGCAGUUGCAUCAAAUACCAGAUGGUCAUGAGCAUAAAUCCUGAUAACAACACCUCCCCAAUCGCCAAGGUCAAAGCUGAUGCUGGAAAGGCCACCUUUUCCCUCUCGCCCGGUGAGCCCUGGCCCGCCGAGGGCGGUGAUAUCCCGAACCCUGACGGUAACUCCAGCACCGGGGGUUCCAAUACCGGCAACAACAAUCAUGACGAUAGCAUGAGCAUGAAACUCUCACCCGGUGCAAUCGCUGGUAUUGCUAUUGGUGGUGUGAUCGCCCUCGCGCUUAUCGGUCUCCUCUUCUUCUUCGUGGGUCGUAAGAAGGGGACUGGCGAGGCAAAGACCGGUGGGCAAGCCGCCAGCGCCAACCUUCAAGAAGCUGCGCUAAUGAAUUCGCAAACCCCCGGGCCGGAGUACCCGCCCGUUUAUCAAGACCCGAGAUAUUCCGUCCUACCCGCUGUCACGCCGGUCCUCGACGCCAAGAACUCAGCUCCUGGAGAGCCGCCCAUGAGUGAGAAUCCUAAUCGGGUUUCGGAGUUGGGUGCCGGGAAUUACGACCCUGUGGAGAUUUAUACAGCUGGUCCGGAUGAGACUCCUGCUCAUCGCAAUAAUUAAACGCGCGAUGGUUUUUUCCUUUCCUCUUUUUCACAAUGACGAAUGGGUUGGAGGUUAAGGGGUUCGGUGUAGGGUUCGGUGUAUGGAAGGCGAUGAAUUUUUAAUUCAGGUGUAAAUAUUGCUACGGCACGUUUCAAUCCGCGCAUUCUACUUUUCUUUCCAUAUUAUUUUUCAAUCUUUUCUUGCCUUUUUAUAUAUAUAAGGGGCACCCCCACUUUGAACGCUUAUAUUAUCUUGGUGCAGGUGAUUUUCUUCUUUUCUACGCAAAGAUGGUAUGAUAAAAGCCUCUUUCUACUCCUUCAUUAGUUUAAUCAGGUUGGGGGAUUGCGAAUUGUACUGUACACAACACUACCUUUUUUUUUAAAAAAAAAAUCAAUAAUAUUUGUCGCCA